CGGGCACCUCGGAGCACGAGAAGCUGUGCCGAGCCCGGGACCAGUGCCGGGACAUCCUCAAGUACGUGAACGAGGCCGUGAAGCAAGCGGAGAACCGGCACCGCCUGGAGGGCUACCAGAAACGCCUGGACGCCACCUCGCUGGAGAGGACCAGCAACCCCCUGGCCGCCGAGUUCAAGGAGCUGAGCCCCCCCGCCCCCGCCGUGGGCUGUCGCACCGCAGACCUGCACGUGCUGCUCCUGGAGGACCUCCUGGUGCUGCUGCAGAAGCAGGACGAGAAGCUGGUGCUCAAGUGCCACAGCAAGACGGCGCUGGGCUCCUCGGACAACAAGCAGACCUUCAGCCCCGUCCUCAAGCUCAACUCGGUGCUCAUCCGCUCCGUGGCCACGGAUAAGCGAGCGCUCUUCAUCAUCUGCACGUCGGAGCUGGGCCCCCAGAUCUACGAGCUGGUGGCGCUGACGUCCUCCGAGAAAAACACGUGGAUGGAGGUGCUGGAGGAGGCGGUGCAGAGCUCCAUGAGGAACGCCACCUUCCCCCCCAAGCGCCGGACGCCGGAGCCCACCCGCGCGGCCCCCUCCAGCCUGGUGUUGCCGGACGCCGACGUCUCCCCCAUCCUGUCCCGAGGCAGCGGCUCCGCAGCGGAGGCGGAGGAGAGCUCCUCAGCAGACGACAAUCCCGCCGAGCUGCUGGGCCAGGAGAAGCCCCCGGCGCUGCCCGAGGAGCCGCAAAGCAGCGAGGUGGAGGAGGAAGAGGAGGAGGAAGAGCCCGGGAGGGUGAGCGGAGCCCUCCUGGAGCCCACCACCCGCCUGGCGCUGCCGGUGCCGCUCUCGGCGGAGGGGCUGGCCGAGGCGGCCCUGGAGGACGUGGAGAACCUGCGGCUCCUGCUCCUGCGGAGGCUCCUGCCCAGCCGCGACGCGGAGCCCGAGGACGACCUGACGCCCACGCCGUCGGUCAGCGGGGGGGCCCAGGCGUGGGACUCGGUGCUCUCCAGCCAGGAUUCGGCCUCCCAGGAGGCGCUGGCGGAGCCCCCGGCACCCCCCGAGGAGCCGAAGCCCCGAGCGGGCUGGGAGGAGACGAGCGAGACGGGUCCGGCAGCGGAGGAGCCCGGCAGCUACAAGGUGGUCCGGAAAGGUAGGGGGCUGCCGCCUGACCCCCCCCUGGCCCCCCCCAGGCCGGGCUGGGGUGCAGGAACCCGGGGACCCCCCCCCACUCCCUCCCGUGCCUGCUCCUGGCUGCCAUUCGGGUGCUCGCUCCCUGCUCGCUCGAGGUUUGUGGGGCUGGAGAUGGGGGCUCGUGGGGGGGUGCGG